ACUACAGAAUAGAAGCGUGUGGAAGCAAAACAGAACAGAGGUCUGUGUUAUCCAUCGAUCAAACAAAACUAAAAAACAAAAUUCAUGAAGCUUUCGACCAUGGCGUCUCUCUACUCUUCAGCUAUCAAAACCAGAUACCAAAAUUUCCCUUUUCUCGCUUCUUCUUCUUGUUUUCCUUCUUCUUCGUCCUCUCAUUCCCUACACAAUUCCACCAAUUUCUUUUCGCUCCGUGGAUCAUCCUCUCCUGCUAUUUCCAUGUACAGCCAGAAACGAAACCUCUCUGCUGUUUCUUGCUCAAUUUCCGAUAAUGGGUUUCAAGAUUCUUCUUUCCAGGGAGGUGAAUCAUUUUUCAGAAGUGUAUUGGCAAGUAUGGAAUCCGUGUACUUAAAUAGGAAUCCAACAGCGAAAGCAGUUUUGGAACUUGUUCAUUCUGUUGAUGGUGACCAAAUUUGCUAUGAUCAUUUUGCAUUUAGGACAUUUGGGGUGAAUGGUUAUGGGAUUGACUCCAUGGCAAGCUUUUUCUUGGAUUUUGGAUACACCCCCAAGGAAGAGUUAAGAUUUCCUGCCAAGAAAUUGAAAGCACAAUGGUUUUCUCCUCCCAGUACUACUGUUUCUGAAAAUGGUAGCCGUGCUGCUGGACCUUUUCCAAGGAUAUUUAUAUCUGAGCUUCUUGUAGAUCAAAUGAGUCCAGAAACUCAGGAAAUAAUCAAAAAGUAUACUGAAUUAUCUGGUAGUGGAAAUAAGCAUGCUGCUCUAGCAAGUGCACUUGGAUCUUUAACAUGGGGAAGACCAUCAUAUUCUGAAUUCCAACAAUUGGCUAGGGAAAGUGAAUACGCUGCCUGGACCCUUGUCAAUGGGUAUGCAGUGAACCAUGUCACUAUCUCCACUCAUCGGUUGAAGUCUCAUUUAAGAGAUAUCAAAAGCCUCAAUCAGUUCAUUGAAGAGAGCGGAUUUAAGUUGAAUUCAGAAGGCGGGAAUCUGAAAGUGAGUCCUGAUGGUCUUCUGCUGCAAAGCUCAACUGUUGCGGAUUCGACUUCAUUCAAAUUUUCCAAUGGUACAACAGAAUUAGUUCCCUGUUCCUACAUCGAGUUUGCUGAGCGCUUGGUGCUGCCUCAAUAUAAGAAUCUACCUGACAAUGAGGUUAAAGAGUAUCACAGGCGAGAUGGAUUUGAAGUUGGAAACGCUGACAAAAUCUUUGAGAGCACAUUCAUGGAGCAGCUGACCAGGAAAGCUGCAUAAAAUACAGACUAAACUGCUAACCAAUGUCACAGUGAAUGGACUUCACUUUUUGGAAGGAAUUCAUCAAUACAGGAAGAAAAAAAAAUGUAAAUAAAUAAGACACUCAUUAUAUGUAUAUAUAUAUAUAUAUAUAUUGGGAUGGGAAGUCGAAGUUUAGGUAAUUGUCAAAGGAAAUGGUGGGAACUGUCCCUGUACAAAAGAAACUCUUUUAAGAGAUUAAGAAACUUGAAUUAUGGAAUAUUAAAAUAAAUAUCUAUAUUUUACAAGUAA